UGAGGAGCAAAGUGUAAGGAAAGUCCCUUUCCCCCCUCAUUUGGCAGGGGCAGAUGGAAAUAGCAGGGGAGGCAGAAUCCUCUGCUGAAUAAAUUGGGAGUAGGAGGAUUAUCAUCCAUUUUGCAAGGUUUUCAGCUCCUGGAAGUGCCAUGACAAAGGGGCAAGAUGCAGUCAAGGACCUGAGACUUCUCUUAGAUGCACGUUGCCUUUCAGAGCACUGAUUCCUGCGGUUUGGAUUUAACACUGCAUAACAGCUCUUGUGUGCCUUACACCUGUGAAUCACUGAGCAGAUACCUGGGACCAUUGGACCCAGCGUACAAAACGUCCUGAUGGGAUCACUCCCUGUAACACCAUUGUGGUUCCUGUUCCUGUCUCUGCAGAUUUUCUUUGCUUUGUCAAAUGUUGUUCACCGUACCAGUUUUUUGUGCGGUCCCAAUAAGGUUCUAAAUAUGACAGUGACCUGGUGUGAUCCGCUCUGCCCAGAUGAAACUUUCAACAAUUAUGUCAGAAUCGACAAUACAGCCAGAACAUUUCUCAGUAAUGACAGAAGCCUUCACCUCAGUGUUCAUCAACAGGAUGUCACUGUGCACAUAAUAAACACAACACAGUUGGAAAAGAAAAUCUACAGAAUUUUGAUCACAGAGAGCAAACAGUCUGUAGACAGAUAUCUACGAAUGAAGUGUACAGCUCCUGAUCGUGCCAAGCCUGACAUCAGUACAGAGAACAUUAUGUGCCAAAUAACCAACCUGAUUCCAGAUGGCUUCUUCCCUACCUCACCUGAAAGCCAGAAUCAGGCACGUGGAUAUCCAGUUACCAUGGAUGCCUAUCACAGCAAUGCUGUUCCAGAGAAGAUAAUAGGCGUAACUGAACCAGGACACAUGGUUGCUAUUGUGGUAAUAAUCUUGGUAAUUCUAGGUGGUUUAGUGCUCAGCAUUCGAUGCAUCAGAAGAAAGCCAGUAACGUGGCGGCGAGGAACAGAAAACAUCUAAAGUGGAAGAAAAAAAAAUGUCUUCAAUUCGGAAAGGACUCCACCAGCAUCAGAGGACUGCUAAAAGUAGCUGAGGAAAGUAAUUUACUACAUCCUGAGCAGUCCAAAUACACUGUAAUGCAUUUUAAUACCCUUUGAAACACAUUUACUGAAGAAAAGUCCUAGUCAACAUCAUACAACUGCUUAGUGGGAUAUAGUAUCUUUCUGGAGCUCUACAAAGCAUCAGGUACUCUAGAGGGAGGAUUCAUCUUCAGAAUUAUUCAACCUGUUCAAAAGCACAUUUCUUGAACCGGCUGAACUCUUUUGUUCAGAUCCUGGCUUUCAUUAACUAAACGAUUAGUCCAUCCGGGAACCUUUCUGGAAUUGAUGAAAAUAAGGACAAUUCAAUGGCCAUAACUUUGUAGAAUAUCCUGUUCCUUAUUAAACACGGGCUUCUGGACUAAGUGUAUGUAAAGGGUAGGUUAGCUGUAAUGACUACUUCUGGGUUUUAACAAAAUAAUUACAUAGUCUUACAGAUUCCACCUCAAUCUCACAUUUUUUCACUAUAGUUUGUGGUAUUUAAGAUGAAAGCUAAAAAAAUCCAUUUGAUUCUAAUAUGAACUUUUUGCAGGCCAGGUUUUAGCUGAACAGAAUUUGGAAGCACUUUUACCAAUUUUCUCAGAAUUGUUCAAGAAAUCCUAGCUUAAUUCAGGAAUUGCGUGUUGAAAACCUGAGGCAGGUUCUUUCUGUUCAUCAUUUAAGUCCCUAAUAAACUGCAGCAUUACUGUAACUGUUCUCAGUCCUCUGGUAUGUACCCUAAAGAAAACCACAUUGUGCAGGUAAUUUCAGAUUAUUUUGUUAUUUAGAGAAAGAUAAACAUAUUGAAAAAGUCAAUAGUCAAUCUAAAAUAGGGGUGGGCAAUUUCAGCUGGUGGGCCGCUUAAGUGAGUUGUGAUGACCUGGCAUGAGCUGCACACAUAUAAUUUUUCAGAAUAUAUCAUUUUAAUCAAUUAUAAAUAAAAAAUCAGAUACUAAAAAUCAUCAAACAUCUACUGUAACAUGUUUAAUUUUAUUUCUAAAAAUAAUUUUUGUCCCGAUACACGCUUUUCUUAGUAGUGUAUAUAGAGGCAAUUGGCUGGACAUGUGGUAGCUGGUGCACAUCCCUACAGCUGCUGCCACUUCCCUGUGCUACGUGCUGCCCAAAGUGACACACCAGGGGCAGGAAGGGCCAAGCAGCACCUGAGUGGCUACAGCAGGAGCAGCACUGCCAGGAAGCUGGGCCAGGGCUGGGGCUGGGGCUGGUGGGGCUCAGCCUCCUGUGGAGUACCUUGGGGGCAGCUGUGGGCGAGAUACAACCAGUUGGCAGGCUGCCUCCAGCCCAUGGACCCUAUUUUGACCAUCCUGGAUCUAUGGAUAUAAGAAGCUUGAUUGUCCUGUCUUCUCCUAAAACAAACAAUUUUUAAGGGAAUAUCAUUUCUUAAAAUAAAGGGCCAUGAUGUUUCUGGAUCUGCAGACAGAUUGAAGUGCUAUUUCAUUCAGAGGCCAAGUGGUGACUUCUAAAUGUGCUGGUAGACAACCUCAUCAUAGUGCUUUAUUUCUGAAAAGUUUCUCUAGAGUUCAACCAAUGUAAGGUAAAGAAACAGGGCCUAUCAAUGCUAAAUUAGAACUACCGAUAAAUGUAAAAGUUUAGAAUUCAGGUUUGAAUUGAAUGAGGCCUCAGAUGUUUGUGUAAAUAUACAUGAUACACAACUUUUAAGCACAACUAAGUGAAUAUCAUAUUUACUCACAUAGCACGUUCCUUCAAAUAAGGUGCACACCUUUUUUACAAAAAAAAUCAGAAUGUAGGAAAAAAGUUAUUUCCUUUUAACCAAACUGUGCAGGAUCAGUUUCCUUGUUUGGCGUGCACUCUGAUUUUCAAUUGCUAAGUUUUAAAGCUAAAGGUGACUGCUACAUGAAUAAUAAGGGAAUUCAUAAUCAAUAUAUGUUUUUUUUCUUUUGCUUAAUAUCCAAAACUACUGCAGUUUUCUUAUCUUAGAUUGUUCUUUUCAAUUUUUGUGUACUUAAUUGUGCUUUUUAAAAAACUGAAUUAACUGGAGAGAUCUUUGUGAAUGAAUGAGAUUAAACAGUGCUGUUCACUGCUGUUCAUUAGUCUGUGAUUGUUCAGACAAGCCACUUUUCUCCUCCUCCAUCUCAUGCAAAGAAGCAUUUCUGGUGCAACAAAAUGCACGUUGCAUUUGUAGUUGCUACCAAUGGACCUCUGUGACAAAACAAAGUUGUUUAGAUGGUCACAGUAAUUUGAUAUGAAAGGAUUACAAAGCAACACCAAUUCAAAGUCCCUUAAAAUUCCAGAUAAAUAUUGUCUUCAUUUCUUUUUCCACUUUGCUCAUCCAACUGUGAACACGAGUCUGCAAUGUUUAGCAGGGAAUCUCAUGAAUUAUAGGGGUGCAUGUGUGAUAUCUUGCAAUUUUUAAACCUUGUCAUGGUCAAACCUGGGAGUGCAAAGGCCUGUGACAAAACCAAACAAAAUGAGACAAAAAAAUAAUUUCAGAAAUAUAAAAAGCUUUUGUGCUGACAUUUGGUUCUUGAAACAGGCAGAAGCUACUACCAAUUCACUGUUAUUUUUUUCCAAAACACUUUGUCUCACCUUUGUUAGCAUCUGUAUUGUUGCUAAUCUGAGAAACCCUUUCCAAAGCUGUCACUAGGUGUUCAAAUUUUGACAAUGUCUAUGUGCUGUCAGACCUCAAAAGCUUCAAAAAAAGCUGGUAAUCUCCAGGUAUCCAUUUUUUUUUUUAGAUAUUCAUUAGGACAGGGGUCUAACCUUUUGCUGGCAUGGGUCAUUCCAACCCAGCCCUGAUCAUAAGCCACAAUUCUCUGUCCCCAGAGUGGCCAGCUGCCUGCACUUACCCUCACUGAAGGUCUCCAUCCCCUCUGCAGCAAAAGUAAGUGCUGAUGCAGCAGAACAGCUGGCUCUACAGCAGGGCAAAGCACUGAGGGGAUAGAUGUCAUGGUGUGGCUUUGUGCUAUUAAUUUCCUUCAUGCCGGACUGGAUAUCCUUUGCAGGUGGGUGUGGGCAGGGGCAGAGGUGGAGGGAGUGCGGGGUGUGGAGGAGUGGUUCAUGAAUCAUUUCCACUUUAGGCGAGCACUGAUUAUAUUUUCAGAAAGGGUUUUGUAGAUCCCAGUAAAAUUUAAAAUAUACAUUGUAUGUCACUUGGGUGCAUAGAUGUAGUAGAGUUAUUUCUUUUUCAUGUUUAGAAAAUGCCACAACAAAUUCAAAUACUGUGAAACAGUAAACAGGGAUCUUCAGUAGCAACCUCUGUUGUGUAUAUAUGUAUCUGUUUUAUACAUAAUAGUUUGAUGGUGUCAAUGUUCCACGGUGGAGCAUUUCAAAUAUUUUUUGUGGUCAGAUCACUGAUGUUGUUGGGUGAUGUCUCCAGUGGUUUAGGACUCAAAUUGUACAAGUCUGGGAGUUUCGCAUUUAAUAAUUCCUGAUCUGCAUGUUGUGUAUAAACAAACAGGUGGGAUUUUAGAUCUCAUUCAUAGUAUGGGCACUUAAGUCCUGGUAUACACACACUUACAUGUGCGAGGAUCCAGUGAACAGGACACUUGGUAAUGAUCUCAAAUCCAAUUUUUACAGACAUGCAGAGUUUCAUCCAAGUGGGUUGUCUCAAACUCAGGUGUUUAUUUGCAUAUAAAGUAAGAGCAUUUAUUUUCUGAUUUUGCCCUUUAUCCUAAGCUGUGCUUCUUGCAUGUAACUACUGAUUUCAGAACACACAUUUCAGGAACUUAUCUUCAUACAACAUUUCACAGUGCAUGUUUUGGGCUAACCUGUUAAACUACAUGUCCUUAUGUAUCUUGUUGUAAAUAAAUUCCUCUAUUCAAUAAAGUGUUUUUUUAUGGAUAAAAAAAUACCAUGAUGACUGCAUCUUCCAAGUAAACUCAUUUGGU